AUGUCCAAGGCCGCAACGAAGACGAGCACGGCGGCGAGGGUGACUGUCUUGACCAGCCUCCCGGUCUCCCUCGCGCGGCGCUCCGCCGGCUUCCGCUGGGCGCAGGACGACGUGCCAGCAGAGUUCUCCCGCAUCGCGCCGCUGCUGCUCGGUUCGCUGCUGCUCUGCGUUGUGCUUCUCUUCCUCCCCCUCGCGGUGCACGGCCGCGCGGAGACCCGCAAGUUUUUGUCCGCCUUGACCUUCGCGCUUGAAAACUUCGCGCUCGCGAGCGGCCUCAGCGCGACCCUGGUGGUUCUGCUCAACAAGUGCGAGAUUCUGCCGGGCGUCCUCGGGGAGAUCUGGUUGACGCGGACCACGCCGUACCGCACGCAGCUCCUCACCAUGGCGGCUUUGCUCUUGUGCAUCAUCGUCUACUCUCUCGGUGACGAGGGCGAAAUUAACAUGUCGCUGGUCGGGUUGCUCUUGGGCCUUGGUGCAGCCCUCUCAGAUGGAGUCGGCGGCGUCGCCUUUGAGGCCACGGCGAAGUCCUGUCUCGACGUCCUGGAGGAGGAGUCGGGUGCCGAGACGCUUAGGUGCUUCCUCGUGAACGAGCUGUACGAGUCCGUGUUCAACAUCAUCUUGAUGCCUGUGUUCGAGCACAAGUACUUGUCGCGAGGUCUUCUCCAUGGCUGGGGCCUCCCCAUGUUCGUCGGCGGUGUCAUGUCGCUCCCCGCGAUGGUCGCGCUUUACAACGCGGCCAUCUUGACGGCCGGCAACUUGAAGACCAGGAUCGCUGCGUCCGCCGAUAUCGGCAUCGCCUAUGUGAUGGAUGCGAUUAUCUUCGGUGACGCGGUCAGGAUCUCCCAGUGCCUGUUGAUCCUCGCCAUCAUCGCCCUGAUCGGCGUCUACGCCCAGUUCGCCGUCGACGCGCAGAAGGCCGCCGCAGACGCCCUCAUCAGGUCGGAGAAGCCAGACGCAGAUAUUGUGUAUGUGGUGUAA